AUGUCGCGCCCACCGUCGAGCGUGGUGAUCGCGCUGGUACAUGAUCGGGUGGCCGAGUACCAGGCAGCGGCGAGGGAGCUGGCUCCUAGGCCCACUACACUUCCCACGGUUGUAGAGGAGGAGGAGGGAGAGAGGGGGGGGGAGGACGAGGACGACGUGUAUCACCCUAGUCGUCGACGCCUUGCGGCGAGGUGCGGAGGAGGAGGAGGAGGAGGAGGAGGAGGAGGAGGAGGAGGAGGAGGAGGAGGAGGAGGAGGAGGAGGAGGAGGGGAAGAGGAGGAGGAGAAGGAAGAGGAGGAGGAGGAGGAGGAGGCGGAGGAGGAGGUGGAGGGGGAGGCGGCGGAGGAGGUGGAGGAGGACGCGGCGGAUGGGAGAGGGGCGGACGCAGCAGCGGGUGGUGGCGAGGAUGGUGGUGUUGGUAGCGGGGCUGGAACUGGGCUGUAA